AUGCUUGUCAUUCCGCACCGAUGCCCGCCACUGGGUCAGGGGGAGUGCGCCGCGCAAUUCGCCGAGAUUGAUGGCACUGGCGAAAUGGAUAACGGCGUCGUUCCCGACACCACAACUUGGAAGAUUAAUGCAACCUUUUCAUUACCAAAUGAUGAUUCUGAGGAAGAAGAUGACAGCAAUAAAUUAGUGGCUGAAGCCUUGAAUGAUAAUGAUAAGAAAUGUAACGACAAUGAAAAGGAUACUAAACCAAACUCCUUUACUUUCCCAAGCGAUCUUACAAAUGAAACAGGUUUUAAAAAAGAAAAAACUGUUGGUGAUAAAGAAAAUGGGAUCACAGCUGAUCCUAAAAAAGAGGAAAAAGAUAAAAGUCCACAUAAAGAAUUCAAACCUAGCCCUCAUUUGAGCUCUUAUUACGAUACCUUAGAUGAUUCUCCUCUUCGGUCCUUCAUGUCUUUUUCUUCACCAGAAAAAAAACCAACUUUAACAUUCUUUGAGCAUCCACAAGAUGAAUAUAAACAAACAAACAGACCUCCGGAAGACUUCAUAGCUUUUCCAUAUAAAUACGAAAAGGAUGCCCAUUCUAAUGCUGGAUGGAGUUCCUAUGGGUUGCAAUCAAGACCCACUGAUGAGGCUCCCGUGAGGAUACCUGCUGGAGGACUCUACAGACAUCCCAGUUUCCUAAAAGAAAUUACAAAUUCGUAUGGCGAAGACGAGGACGUCAGCCCCGAUACUCACGAUGCGAACAAUUUGAAAGACAUUUCACUAAAAAAGAGGUCCAAUCCCUGGAAAAGCCUUCUGCAUUUGGUGACAGCACUGCUGCCAGUGGGCCUUAUCGUCUCCGCGCUCACUCCAAGCAUCAUAACUGUCCAGAACACUGGAACGGAGCAGCACUAUAAGCGUCUGUCGCGCAGUUCUGAUAUGCCAACUAUCCCGUCGGUCAGCGAGCAGUGCAAACGUCGGCUGCUCUGCGAGAUACAAUCCGACAGUAACUACGAGAGCAAUGUGAACCCAUACCGUCGACCGAAACACUGCUACAAGAUCCGCUGCGAAGAUCCGCAAGCCGUCUCCAGGGUGUUAAACUGGCUUCUAACUUAUUACAGAUCCGGGGACAGCAGGGGAAGAGGUUAUACC